CAUUUUAAGGGUACAAAAGAUGUGAAAUUUUUAAGGGAUAAAAAAUAUAUAUGCAGUGCAAAUAAAUACAAUAUUAAUUUGUAUGUUUGUGUGAAUGUAUGGCCUAUGUACUGUAUGUAAGGAAGAAAGUAUGUCCUAUUGAAUGUUGGCCAUCCACUGAGUAGGCUACAGCUGAUUGAUCAAGUAAAAUAUUAACUGGGUCUUGUUUGUUUAGCCUUUUUUAAAAGCCUUAUUACUUAUUUAUUUAGAAUUUAAGAAGAGUAUGUGCAUCUGUAUCCACUACAGCAGCAUUUGGUUGUAAAUUAUUAUCCAACCCUCACUUACUCUGUUGGCUAAGUAGUGUGAGCAGUGUGGAAUGACUCACUUUAAAGGAAAGUCAGGGCAUGUUGAGAGAUGAGAUAAAAAAAAAAAAAAAAAAAAAAAAAAAAAAAUUUCAAAAAAACAUCCCAUCCGGGAAAAUAACAGCAAAAGAAAUCAGAAAGCGUGGGGGUGAUGCACAGCACAACUGUAUGUGGUGGAGAAGCUCACAUCUUGAUGGGAGUUUUUGUGUUACUUCUUUAGAACAAGAAUCUCCAAUGGCAAUCAGCGCGACUGAACAUUUCAUGUUGUAACAGGGCAUGGAUUUAAGUAGGGUGCUGGUAGUAGUGUUGAGCAUGGUUGCCUCUGAACUAUCUCACAUUCACGCUAGACCAAUUGACUUUGUGUGUGACAGCGAGGCCAGAAGAGUCAUGAACAAGGUGAAGGACUUAGAAGGGGAGAUGGUAGACUGCAGUGCUGUAUCAUCUCUACCCUCUUCUAUUCAAUUGCCAUGCAUCAGAAUUCACAAAGCGACCUGGGAGAUGAAAUCAGUGCAUGAGCGGAGAGCUGAGAUCCUGCUGUCUUUGGGGACACUAGCGCAGGAUGUGCGGUCUGCCAGGACACUCAGCCAACCUAGCUGUGUGCUCACUCUGCUGGAGCGCUUGGAACACAGUGUCAACAACUACCUGCAUGUAGUGAAACUACUCCACAAUGAGGGGGAGCAAGUAAGGCCUCAGGCAAAGAGCUGUCUAGGUCAGGACUCUAAGGAUUUGGGUCUGGUGUUGAAGCACUUUGGGCGUCUGCUCACAGGCAAGCUGGAGUGGCUCGUAGUAGAGAUGGCGAAGGGAUGCUAGAAUGAAAAACUGACUUGUAAUCUCUGCCUUUCUUCAACCUUAUAUAAUGGGACCAGACAAGCCCAAUCAAUUUUAAAUACGGUUCACCUUCAAGAAAAUGGAGGGCCAUGCACUUUACAGAAGACCACCAGCUGUACAAUAUGUGUAAAUGGCAACACAGCGCCAUCUACUGGAUCACAGCUAAACUACAAGCACUGACUGACACUUGUUGAGAUGAACCCACUGAACAUUUAAGAUAGACAACUGGUUCUGAAUUGGAAAAACAAAACAAGCAAACAAACAAAAAACACCUCGCUGGUGAGUCUUAAAUAACAUUUUGUAUAACCGAUAAUAUUUAUUUAUCUUAUAGCCAUGAAGAUUGAGUAGGUUUCAAUUUAAUUCAUUUUAUUGCCAUUGCAAUGGACAAGUACAGCAUAUGUUGUCUGUGUGACGCCACACAGGUGCAACGCAUCAGGUGCAAAAUAAACAGAAGUAAAUAAAAGGGGCAAGAUAUGUGACACAGCCAUGCCAUAGUGCAAAUGUAGAGGUAGUGCAAUUGUAGUGCACAUUCAGGUCACUUUAUCUAUACACUCCAAGUUAUUUAUAUGGAGAAUUAGUAUAUAUACUGUAUCUUGUAUAUAACACAAAAUGCAUAUGAUAAUUACAAUUCAAGAUUUGUAUUGCCAUUUGUAAGACAUGCAUUGGAACACUAAUGUAUUAACACACAACACAGUGUAAAUAAACACAAAGUACAUGAUAUAAUAUUUAAGAAAAUAUUUCAAUGGCGAAAUAGUAUAACGUUUGAUAUACUUUACCUCCUUUCUUGUAAUGUUACAACAUUUUUGUAAAAUGUGCAAUUUGUAAUGGUUUGAAAAAAUUACAUAAUUAACUAUUUAAAUAUAUUUUUCAUUUAAUUGGUUAUGUCGAUUGUUGGGUUUUCUUCUAAUGUAUGGUAAAAAACACUGAGCUUAAACAUCAGCUUCAUUCUGGCAUCAGAAGUAACCAGGAUUUAACACAUUAAAUUAUAACUUGGUUCAAUGAAAUUACAAAAAGUGUCAAUUGUUUCACAUUCAAAAAAAUCUUUCACAUUUGAGAAAUUGUUUUAAAUAUAAAAUGUGUGUGUGUGUGUGUGUGUGUGUUUAAUGCAAUUACUUAGAAGGGCUGCAUUCCUAGGUUAUUCAUCAUAAGAAAGUGGUGACAGGGCACAAGAAGCCAUGAAUUAGAGAGCAUAUCCGGCCCAUCCAAACUCACUGGGGAACAUUCACCAUCUGGACAUUUGCAGCCAACAUCUAAAGAGGAGAAAGAAUCUCAGCAUUGUGCAGAGUGGUUAUACCAACACUUUUUUGCCUGGUUGUCUUCAGGGUUUGUAGACCCUGGCUGAACUGCAUCAGUCUGUUGUCAUGUUCCUUAAACACCUCAUCAUGUUUUAUUUUCCUAUUUUUUCUUUGUUUACUCCUUUUGUUCCAUCUACUGUACGUACGUAGCCCACAGGUGAUCUAAACUAAGGAUGUUUUACCAAGCCAUUCCCUGCUGAUUAAUGACAAUCCAGUUCUUUAUUACUUACAAGUUAAGUUCAAUCGACAGCGUUUGUGGCGUAGUAUUGAUUACCACAAAACUUUAUUUUGACUCGUCCAUCCUUUUCUUUAAAAAAGCAUAAAUCUGGGUUUCAGAGAGGUACUUACAAUGGAAGUGAAUGGGGGGCCUGGGUAGCUCAGUGGUAAAAUACACUGUCUAUCACCCCUGGAGUUCGCUAGUUCGAAUCCAGGGCGUGCUGAGUGACUCCUAAGCAACCAAAUUGGCCCGGUUGCUAGGGAGGGUAGAGUCACACGGGGUAACCUCCUUGUGGUCGCUAUAAUGUGGUUUGUUCUCGGUGGGGCGCAUGGUGAAUUGAGCGUGGUUGCGUGGUGAAGCCUCCACACGCGCUAUGUUUCCGUGGCAACGCGCUCAACAAGCCACGUGACAAGAUGCGCAGAUUGACCGUCUCAGACGCGGAGGCAACUGGGAUUCGUCCCCCACCACCCGGACUGAGGCGAAUCACUAUGCGACCACGAGGACUUAGAGCGCAUUGGGAAUUGGGCAUUCCAAAUUGGGA